CUGAGAACGUUGCGCAACCUGUAUAGAGUUGGCCUUAGGGAUGCCGCUCAUCAGAUGCAUUACCAAGGUGAUACCAAGGCCGGUACAUUGAUUGGAAAGGAUCGCUAUGGAAACAAAUACUUCGAGAAUCUAGAGGAAGAGCUGCCACUUCGCACAAGAUGGGUAGACUACAAGGACGCUGAGCUCGACCCAUCACACAUCGAGCCCGGAUGGCACGCCUGGAUCUCAUACAUGGUCGACAAGCCACCUACCCAAGACCCUAUUCUCCAGACUCAAGUUCGACCAUGGGAAUUGCCAGACCACAGACCGAAUUUCACUGCCAGUCGUGGUGCCUUCAAGACAUACUCUACUGUUAAGCCAAAGCUCACGGCUUGGAAUACUACUGCGGAGCCGAGAACAUAGAUGAUGAGUUUGGGUUAGAGAGGGAUUGUACAUACGAGAUGAGCUUUCAAUGGAAUCGAUUAUUCCGUGCUAUGCUUCGGCGCUUUUGACAAG